AUGUCUGACUACGGUGACGAGAUGGAGGUCGAUGUUCCUCCCAUUGUCUCUUCCCUCGGAGAGGGAACCAAGGGAAAGCGAAGUGCAGCUAACCUCCCUGUCGAGGCCGAAGAUAGCCUGCCAUGGGUAGAAAAAUACCGACCGGCCACUCUAUCAGACGUAUCCGGACACCACGAUAUCCUCGCCACCCUAAACAAGUUCACCUCCACCAUUCUCGCCCUCGCGCGCCACAUCUACGGACCGCAAAAUAUGCGCCAGAUGGUGCUCGAGCUGAACGCCUCGGACGACCGAGGCAUCGACGUCGUUCGCGAGCAAAUCAAGACCUUUGCUUCCACCAAGCAAAUCUUCACCAUCGCCCCCACCGCGAGGCCCAGCGGCGCGGGCGGCUCGGCCGCCGGCGCGGGGUUCAAGCUCAUCAUUCUCGACGAGGCCGAUGCCAUGACCAACACGGCGCAGAUGGCUCUCCGCCGCAUCAUGGAAAAGUACACGGUCAACACCAGAUUCUGCAUCAUUGCCAACUACUCCCACAAACUGUCGCCCGCCUUGUUGUCCAGGUGCACUCGUUUCAGGUUCAGCCCGCUCAAGGAAGCCGAUAUCCGGGUGCUGGUGGACAAGGUCAUCGGAGAAGAGAACGUCAAGAUUCUUCCCGAUGCCACCGACGCGCUCGUGAAGCUGAGUAGGGGUGAUAUGCGUCGCGCCCUCAACGUUCUCCAAGCCUGCCACGCUUCAAGCACUCCCUUGCGGCCGAAGAACACCCCAAGCACUAUCAACACUCUCAAGACAGCGCAGGGUCUUGCGCUGGCUGACAUCAUCACUGCAUUGUCCGAGGAGCUGGUCAAGUUGGAGGCCAAGCCCGAAGUCAUGGUCCAAUGGCUCAGUGGGUUGGCGGAAAUCGAGCACAGGAUGGCCGGAGGUGGCUCAGAAGCAGUCCAGACGGGAGCGGUAGUGGGUGUUAUCCGCAACGGCGUGGAGCUGGCACGGAAAACGAGAAACAACCCCCACCAUGCCGGCCUACAACUCCAUGUUCAACGCCGACCCCAACCCGCCCAGGCUAAUAGGCAACUUCCCCUCCUGCCCCUGCGCACCAAGACCCGCGGCCCCGCCUACACCCUUCCCGCCGCGGCCCUGCCUGCCUCCGAGUCCCCCGACCCGGACAGCGAGUCCUACGACAUCCUCGACGAGGUCCUCGCCGUCUUCCGCGCCAACACGUUUUUCCGCAACUUUGAGAUCCAGGGCCCCGCCGACCGCCUCCUCGUCUACGGUAUCUGGUUCGUGAGCGACUGCCUCACCAAGAUCAAGCCGACUGCCUCGGUCCGCGACGCGACCAAGGAUGUUACGAACCUGGCGCUGGACCUCAACUUUGCCAUUCCCGGCGAUCCGGGCUGGCCUCUAAACCAGAUGUACGAACCCCCGUGA